AUGGCUGAGAGUCUAGAACAUGUUCGCCACUUUGCGGGUUUACCUUCUGAAUCAGCACCUAAGCCCUACAAAGUGAUUCGACCAAGGCAUGUUCCUGCUAUUCCAACAAACAUCCGGGAUUUGAAGGCUGUAACACGGGGUGUUACAGUCCCCCCGGCUGAUCAUAAUGAGUCUCUAUUAGUGGCAGAGACAGCUCACCCAGAUUCCACAACCUUCAAAAUUAGAGAAGUUACCAAGCUUCUGGCCUCAUGCACUGUACAUGGGUCUGAGACCGGCAAUUAUGUGUCACCAAGUCCCACAAAGAGCUCACCAGUAAGAGAAACUCGGAAGUCCAAGACAAAGGGGGUUCCAGAGAAAGUUACUGUAGGUACUAGUGAUGAGCCUACAGAGUCUACUCAGCCAGAGAAGAAAAGAAGAUCGGUUGAAUCUGAGAAAGCUGAAAGUGAUCCACCUAUCAGAAAAGUAUUCAAGAACCUGCGAUUGUCUGUUAAAGGUAAAGCUCCUGCAGUUGUUCCAUCAACAAAAGGCAGGAAAAUAAAAGUUGUUACAAAGCCAAGAGGUAGAAGUGUUACCCCUGAUGUACAAAAUGCUCCUUUUGAACCUCCGGGGAGUCCUGAUACUUCUGUCUACAAGCCACGGUUUGUCUCUGAUGUUGCUCAAGACAAAUGGCAUACGAUGACAGUCACAUCUGUAUGUGCCUAUUCCAAGUUGCUCACAUAUGAGUUUUACUGCAACCUGAACGAAGAAAUUGAUGAUCUGACGAGCAAGAGGUGUACACAAAUCUUCAUUCGAGGUAAUUGGUAUGUGUUUGGUCCUGAUGUGAUCAACCAGUAUUAUGGUUUGAAAACUGUUGAUAAAGAUGAGAUUACUGACUGGGAUCCAGUUGCUAAGACCCUCACUGGAAGAGUGGCAUCUGAAUGGCCAACAGUCAGUAAGCCUCUAGCUGCACUCCUAUUUCGAGUUGGCACCAAGAUGACCGUUGAUAUAGGGAAAUGGAUCUUCUCUCAUUUCCCCACCUUGAUUCAUCCCAAAGAACAAAAGGUUAAGCUCCCUUAUCCCAAUCUUAUUUUUGGUGUGCUAACAUCCCAGCUCAACGUGGCUCGCACAGAGCUGGCGACUGACUUACUCCGAAUGAGCCUUUCUGAGUCUGCUGCUGGUGAAGCUUUAAAGUCUGACAGUGGAGGUCCCUCUAAUGCUUAG